GAUCGCUUUGCACUUGCUAAUACCAGCUUCGAUUAUUCUAAUAGGGGUCUGGCGUAGUUUAGAGAACUGAUCAUAUGAAGGAGGGAAAGACUUGAUCCUUUUACAUUCAUAAAGGGUUGUUUAUGUGUAGCCAUAGCUCGUAAAGUAAACCCUAGGCUGCUGCCACUUCAACAUCGGUUUAGGAUAUGAGACAUCCUGCAACCAUUAUACUGCUUCAUGUCUGAAUAUAGAUACCCUUUAAACACCACAAAGCGACCGAGGGAGCGCUGUAUCUUUUACAUAUAUACUCACACUCACAAACAGGAUGGUUCACGAUGUGAUAGUUCCCACACAGUUCGACAUCACAUCGUACACAACCAGUAAUACUACUAAUACUAGUAAUACCAGUAUCAAUAGGACAGUGGAUAACAACAAGAAGGCUUGCAUUGAAGAUGGGGGCAGGCAUGACACAGACAACACGCAGGAGAAUCUCGCUGGCGACGACCAACAACCGUGCAUCUGUGAAUGCACAAAGCUCAAUGAGAACGAGACAUUUAAACAGUUCUUCAAUCGAGUGGGCACGUUUAUGGUCAAAAAGCCCGAUCUCGACCCGGUACAUCUAACAUCGCGCAGUGUCUUGACUGUGGCGCUGAGUUAUUCCAAUUUGCUGAAUGAAGCCAAUGUUCCGCUGAGCAAAGCCAAAUUCAUGGGAUGGCUACGCGAGGUUGAGUGGCUUGGCUCGGGCGUUGCCGCUAAUGAGAGCACAGAUGAGGAAUUGGACCAACGGCUGAAAUACGCCUAUACCUACCGAUUAGCCGGGAAGCCCUCACACCUUAUCGACAAGACCGAAACGGUACAAUACGCCCCCAAACGAGGUGCAUACUGUUACAAAUGUUUCACGGGAUUCGAGUGCAACAGGAGAUGUGGGCAUGCUGAGCUGCCUAUUCUGUAUGUGUGCAAGGAGAACGACUGUGGUCUGGCCUGCCAUGCGUGCUGCUUGGACAGUCCUCACCACUACAACGAGUUCUUCAAGGGCGAUGUGUCUAAGUUCAGGCGGUCGCGUGCGAAGGCCAAGAUCGCAUGGUACUGUGCCGAGCACAACUAUACUGCGUCCGGUUUGAGGCGUGACAAUAGCGGGAUGGGAAUCAAUAACGGUAUGCACAUCGGGACGGGUGUGCACGUGGGUAUUGAUCACGCCGAAGACUUGUCCGUCUCCCGUUCGCAGUCCUUUCUGAGUGGGCGUGGAAGCGGGAGCGUGGCUGAUGCCAACGCUGCUGCGAUGAAUGGCGGGCCGUACAAGCCGCGCGGAAUCGAUAGCGCUAUGAAUAGUGCCGCCACGUACGCGCAUGCGGAUACCAGCGCAGGCGCCCAUACCGUUACCAGUAUAUCCGGCACAGGAGAUGGCGAUGGGGAGGGCUCCGGGCCCAAGAGCGGUGCCAACAAGACGGAGCGUGUGAACAAAAGUCUCACGAAGGGUUCGAAGAAGAGCGCGGAUAAGAGCAAGCAGCAGCCAAGCACGCUGUACAGACGUAAUUCACCCUCUAAGCUGGCGUCUGCGACAGAGCGGUCGUCGCGGGCGGGUAGUGGGAUGCCCGGUAAGUAUAACAGUCAGCCGGAUCUGUCCAAUGAGACCGGCGCGCUAAAAAUAAAACGGGACCUGAGCCACCAGGGUGACGAGGCGACGGAUGGUGUGGAGAAACGCACGGCAUCAGCGCACCACGACGGCGCACACCACGAACACGACCAACAACAACAGCAACCACGCCAUUUACAGCAGUCACAUCACCAACACCAACAACGCUACGCCCAUCCACAACAACACCUGCAGCGCCCCCCCUCGAGCCCAACACAUGUCGACACACCCUUCAAUCCGUUUGCGCAUGGGCCGGCCAGAAGUGCGGGUGCGGCAGGCGCACACGCACACAAGAGCGCGCCGCCGCAUACGCACGCGAAGAUUCUCGCGCGACAGGGAAGUGGGCGGCUGCCACCACCCAGAUCAGGCCAAAUGUACCGCAUGGAUAGCAAUAGCAGGGGUACCCCUGCGGGACCCCCCAGCCAGCCCAACGCGAUGACGGAGGGUCAUGCGCCACUUACCCCGCAACCGCACGAGCACGCGCACGGCGCGUUUUCGUACGGCGAGCACGGGCCCCCGAAUUUCGGUUCCACGCACCCGCAUAAGCAGGCGCCAGCACACGCGCACGGCCACGCGGAAGAACACUCCGGCGAGUAUACGCGCGGUUCGGCGCAUGCACACCCCCCAUUGCAGCACCGGCCGCCUAUGGCGAACGCCAUGCAGCGCAAAGGGCCGCUGGGCAGCGCACCCGGACUGCGGCGGUGUGACUCAAACGCCAGCGCCACGGAGGGUGGAGAUCCGCGGAACAACCCGACGAUGGGCAUGGGCUUUAGCAUGGGCGCGAACAUGAAUAUGAGUGCGAAUGGAGCCAGACAACACCCGCCGCCGCAUGCCAUGAGGCGAGGGAGCUAUGGCUGGCGUCCAGCUGGCCCUGUCCACCCACAGGCGCAGGGGCAGGGGCUGCGAGACUCGCCACCACACCACCUGCAACGCCAACUCUCGCAGCAGCAGCAACUACCACAACAGUACCAAGCAAUGCCGCACGAGUAUGAGGGCGAGAUGCGCCGGGGACAGGGAUCGGGACCGGGACCUCCCCCUAGUGGUAUGGCCCUUCACCCGUCUAAGCAGUUGAGCUACACCCACGGCCAGGAGAUGCACGAGCACGACAUGCACAGGCAGCCGCACAGACACCCGCCGCACCACCCGUACGUCAGGUAUGCGCACCAGCCGUUGCACCAACGGCCUCCGCACACCUACGCGCAGACACAGGCCGUGGCCCCGCCAUACAUGCACGGCGACUCGCAGUCACAACUCGCGGGGAUGCAUCCCGCCAAAAUGCUGGACAACCCAAAUGCGGGCAGGGAGGCGGAGCAUGAAUGCGCGAGCAGUGGCGAAGAGGAGGGGGCGCGGAUGAAUACGUCGAUGGGGAGCGCGGAAAAGGGCACGGAGCUGAGUGGAAGCCGUUUGGUCUGUGAGAAGAAAUCGCAGAUACGUCCGAAGCUGAAGCCCAAGCCCAAGGCGGCCAAGCUGUCGCCGGAGUCGAAAGUGGUGAAGAAGUCGCCAAAGGACUCGAAGGGGGUGACCAAAAAAGGCCUAAAGAAGGGCCUGAAAGCAUCACGCACGGUGGUCAAGAAGAAGGAGGUGGAGCUCAGCGACACGGCCAAGUCCGAGAUGAUCAGCGCGGCACUGACGCUGACUCGGACAGAAAAGGCAGUGAUGAAGCCAAAGGCGGAGAAGAAACCGCGUAAAAAGGCCAAUCCCACCGCCACAGCGGGGGAAAAGGUGCUGAAAGCUGCCAAGAAAGCCUCUGGGAAGGGCCUGAAAGUGGGUGGGGAGGGCCCAAAGGCUAUGAGUGCCAAGAGUACAGGGUCUAAACCCAGGAAAAUUUCGGCCAAGAAGAGCGGCGGUGGUGUGGUGGGUGUUGGUUUUGAAGACGCCGCUGAGGAGAACGGGAAGGCGGUAGGUCGCUCAAGCAAUCCCGUGCAGGUGGCAGCAACACACAAGGACAUGGUACAUCCGGAGGCGCCUGAUGAAGUGGGGUAUACAGGCACGCCCUAUGCCCAGGGCAACCACGAUGACCGACCCGUAACCAGCAGCAACCCGAGAUCUAUAAAUAGACCGGGUGAGGGCGUUGCGGGGAGGCAAAGGUCGGCGUACGACGGUGCGCCCGACAGUGGACGGGAUAUGGACCACGAGGAACGGGCGGAUGGUGCGGAUAGCAUGGGGAAUAGAAGCAUCGGUAACCAAACAAACCACGCCCACGAGAACAACCCAGACCAUAUCAUGAGCGAUAACGGCCGUGGCAGUGACUCGGAUGACUCGCGUCGAUACGCGGGCGUGGCGCCGCAACCGCGCAAACUGCGGCGCGUGAGCGGCAGCAGUGCUAAUGGACGGGUUACCUACCGGCGGUCGAUAGGGUCGCACUCCGGCCUGGCGGAUUACGACGAUGAGCAUGCCUGGGUAGAUUCCGAAGCUCGGGGUAUUGAGAUAGGCAUGCACGUUAACAUGGGCCCGGCUGGUAUGCCUGUGACGCUCCCGCUGAGUAUGAGCAAGACGAUGAAUAUGGCGAUCGGCCACAGGCGCGCGGUGGGGGAAGGGCUGGACAACCCCAACCCCCGUAUGAACGGGUUUGUGGGCCCUGGGAUGCCGAGGUACAUGGCGGCUGGCGGUAUGGCCUUGCCGCCGCACUCGUAUGCGGCAAGGAAGUUUACGCUGCACCCCAACCACUCCUAUCCGGACCGGCCGUCCAGCGCUCUGUCGUACCAUCCCACGCGAUCAAUGCCGCCCUACGGCCGGAGGUAUCCCUUUCCCCCAUAUCACCACAUGAACUCCCACACCCAGGGCCCGCCUCAACAGCCAGAUUAUUCCAUGGAAGAGAGCGAGCUGAGAAUAGCGCCGAAACGGAACGUAGAAGCCGAGCCAAAAGAUAGCACUAUGAAUGGCCAGCUCUUUAAUAAGCGAAAACGGGGCGUGCGAGACGGCAAUCGGCCGCAAUCGGCUCCGCCAGUGCAGCUGAAGGCCUUUGCCGCCGAACAUGCAUUAGAUGCUCUGGCAGACGAGGCUCUCAAACGAUCACCACAACAGUGUACUAGCUCACCGGCUGACACAGAAACUGUCGAUGAGCAAGCGGAGAUGGGCCGGCAGCACUCUGACGGGUACAGGAGGUCCAACAGCUCACACGGCGGUAGUCUCCAUCUGCUCGCUGAGUUAGCGCUGCGCUUCGAGGCUGAUUACGUAGCUGCUGCUGAUGCUGCCGCUGCCGCUGCUGCUGCAACAGGUGGGGUUCAGACCCCUUCAGAGACCCCCCUGGAAUCACAUUCGUCUCCAGCACAGGCACAUCAGACCGGUGAGGUGCUGGACAACGGUAGAGAUAGUGUAGGCAUGGACAACGGUGGAGAUAGUGUAGGCAUGGACAACGGUGGAGAUAGUGUAGGUAUGGACAACGGUAGAGAUAGUGUAGGCAUGGACAACGGUGGAGAUAGUGUAUGUAUGGACAAUGGUAGAGAUAGUGUAGGUAUGGACACGGACGCCAGUAUACACAGUAAACAGCAGGAGAGUGGCCUGCAAGAUGCUCAAACGAGCGCGGAAGAUGUCCGAUCGCAAGAAUCGGAUGCUAAAUAUAGCCCGCGUGCUAUAAAUAGCACAGCCAAUGGCGAGCCGAGAGCAAGGGGUGACUCUGCAUUGCGAGCACUGACGGCGGCACUGUUUAUGGCAGAGGACACUGCAGCGGUGCACUCGACCAAGCAACAGCCGAUGUGUGUGGAAAACGAGCAAGAAGCACCACAAACACAGCGGCAGGAUAUGCGGGAAUUCGAGCAGAAACAGGAGCACCAACCCCAGGACGAAAAUCUAGGGGCCUUAAAAAUGGAUCGGGGGCAGGGCUCGAAACAAAGAAUGGCGGGCGAGCGGGCGGAUGUGGCCUCUGAUGCACACAGUGGGGAUAGGCCCGCACACCAUGACGAGGAACGUAUGGGAACACAUGCGCUAACCUAUGAAUCACCUGAGCGGAGAUCCGUAUCGCCCCCACCCACGCGCAAGCAACCCCAAACAGCGACAGCCGAGUCAGAAGCACGCCAGAGGAGCACCAAAAGUGUAUGUGUGGACACACAUCCGAUGAACAGUGUGAGUGUGGUGUCUGUUGUCAGUGCCAAUAGCAAUUGCUCGGCCGCAGUGGCUGGGACUGAGGCGUCUACCAGCCAAUGGGCGAAGCACAGCAAUGCGACGAAGGCGGGCACUGGCAUAAGUGCUGCCGCGGUGUUCGAGGUGACUAGCGUGGAUGAGAGUGGCGAACGCGUGAUGAACGCCGAAAUCAGCACGGCCAGGUGACAACAACCGCGCCGCAGCUUUCAUUCAGGAGUGCUGAGUGUACGAGAUGGAUUGAGUUGGCACGAGGGGUGACGAAAUCCCGCCACCUAUACAUCUAUCUCGCUUUCUUUUCUCUGUGUGUGUACCUCUCGCUCGCUCUGUGUGUUUGUGUGUGCGUUGUGGAGCGAGAUGAAUUGAGCGCUAUCGGACCACAAAGCGGCCCCAAAGCACAUAAUGCCGGGUGGUCUAUGCGAUCCGUCAACACAUUCAAUGUGUAACAAUCGACCGGUGAAUAGCCACAAUUCGUGGGGAUGUGCGGAGCAGGUGCUCUGUGGGCUUUUAAUUGUCCAAAGUCUAAUUAAUGCAGUGGUACUUGGGGUUGAAUGUGAGUCCGGGCGAAUGCCGCGACUGUUAAGGGAGCCUAUUACAUUACAUACUACAGAUGGCACCUGGAAAAUGACAUCGCCCUAUGAUAUCUGACACUGGCAUACCUAGCAGCAACUAGAACUGUAGGGGUACAGUGGUAGAUGUGAGCGGACACUAUGACUCAUUAAGAGUCGCAAACUGAAAGUAAGAAGAAGGAUCCCAGGUCACUUUAGAGUGACAAUUUAAGAACGGAGAAAAUCACCAAAGCGGAUACGCACGAAUAGCGGUGCGCGGAAGUCAGCAUGCAUCAGAAGUGCGCGUAGGUGAGCAUUUGAGAUGUUUGCACAGGACUCAACGGAUGAACCGAAGAAUGAAUCAAACGAAGAAUCACCGGCUCGCAACAAUGUCGUAGGAAUGUCAGUGUGAUACAUCGGACGCCAGCUUCGUGGAUGGUUGGCCUUGCAAGAGUGCAACGCACUAUGAGUAGAAUAUCCUACCGAGCAACCCCUACCACUAGGGAAGUAUGCGAUGGAGUUGAACCAGGAGACACAAAGACCAAUACUUACUGUCCUGGCUUCGAUAGAAACGGGGCACUAUCGAAAUUAGACGAUGGAAGAAGAAAUGAAGCCCCCAGAAGGGCGAUCGUAACAAUUAAAAGAGAUUUCAAUUUUCCAUGCGUAUUAGGAUGUAUAAACAUACUAGAACUAAAGAGAGAAU